GUGAGAAAAAUGUCAUAUGGGGUGGUACGUAGCUAACGGAGAGACCGUAGACGACGGUGGAUUUAGAUUACCCGUGUGUUUCUGUAUAAAAGAGCUCUGGUGUCCAGAAAGAACACCUAAAGGGUCAGUGGAGGAAUAAACGACACCAUGGCAUGGUUCUUGACAUCGCUGGCAUGCUUGCUGCUGAGUGUCGUGGCUGUACCAGUAUCUUCGUCUGUGUUCAUGAGAAUGCUGACGUCACGAGGCAGCGAAAGGCCUGGGUCCCCCACGAAUUCCCACAGCUGUUGGAGCGUUCGAUCUGUCCCCAAUGACCUCCGCAGUGCAGCCAUUAUGGGCCCUAACGGCCUUAGCACGUACUAUCAGAAGUACACUGAGGCGUACGGGAUACCAAUAUUAGGUUCUGUGCAUGUGCCGGAAGAUGCGGUCAAACGCGCGUGUUAUGUCGUAAGAUUCUUGUUCGCCGACAGACAAGACGUCCGUCGCUCCUACUACAAACACUUCGGUCGUUUCGCCGUGUAUGGCCAGAACGAAGUCACCCGAAGUAUCCCUGAGCAUGCGUACUUGGAUCCAUUUUGGGACACUCGAGCACGUGGCCUCGGCGCCACUUUGACGGCACCCGUUGCGACCUGCGCGGAAGAAAACGCUCUCUGUUACUCUACCGACACCUACGACCCCAACGAGGACAUUGCACUGCACGAGUACUCCCAUGCCCUGCAGAGUCUCGGGGCAUACUUUGCUGUGCCAGGGUUUGAGGCUCGCUUGAAAAGCGCGUACAGCAGUGCCAUAUCACGUGGUCUGUGGGCCAACACGUAUGCCGGUACUGACGAGGUCGAGUACUGGGCUGAGGCCGUACAAAGUUAUUUCAACGCCAACACCCACCGAGACACUGUGAACGGCAUCCACGGUCCUGUCAGCACAAGAGACAAGCUGAGGACCUACGAUCCUGCCAUAUACGCCCUGAUCCAGGAAAUCUUCCCCUGUAACAACAACUACAUCACCAGAUGCGGCAAUAGCCAAACUCUACGGUCUCAGGAGCAUGCUCAACAGUUGAGAAUGAAUUGUGCCGGGUCAGGAGGGACUGGAACUGGAACAGGAACCGGAACCGGAACCAACGCCGGAACUGGGACUGGAACAGGUACCGGUACAGGGGGCAGCUGUGUUGACCAGAGUGCCAGCUGCCAGUACUGGUCUCAGACCGGAGAGUGUUCCAAAAACCAAGCCUACAUGUCUCAGAACUGCAAGAAGAGUUGUAAUCUCUGCUCAGCUGGAGGCCAGGGUACUCAAUCUGGCAGCUGCUCAGACCAGAGCCAACACUGCAAGUACUGGUCAGAGACAGGGCAGUGUACUCAGAACGCCGCCUAUAUGCUGAAGAACUGCAAGAAAAGCUGCAACCAAUGUUCAGGUACAGGUUCGGUAGGACACACAGGAAGUUGCGCAGACCAAAGCACAAACUGCCAGUACUGGUCAGAUACUGGAGAGUGCACCAGGAACUACACCUACAUGUCCCAGAACUGCAAGAAAAGCUGCCGCCUCUGUUGACCGCCAACGUGUCAAUCUACAUGUAGUAACUCGGUAUAUCUCUUGGAAAGAACUGAGGUUUUAGAUUAACCGGUGAUACUUAAGAAAUAAAAUAAUACCUCACUUGCA